GGGAUUCCUAGUUGGGGGGGAGCCGGUGAGGGGAAAUCGUUUAUUCCCUGAGCCUGCAGUACAAUUGCAGGCAGUCCAUAGCAACUGAUUCAAAAUGGCGGUCAAAAGAAACGAUAAAAGUUUACGUCCGGAUCUCGCUGCAUAACCUGAAGAAAAUAGCUGUCGAUAUGGCACACGCUAAGGAUGUGGAAGUGGAACCUCCAAUGCACCUUCAACGGCCAUCUUCAGGUCGCUCACAAGAUGUGUCGCAUUUGCUCGCGAGUGUUUUUCGGGAGGUUUUCACUCGCGAUGUUAUCGGAGAAGACACGGUGAAGAACCUAGCUAUUUCAAAAAGCGGCGACGCUGGCUACCACGAUAAAUAUGUAGAACAGCUAAGGCAGAUACAAGAAGAGCGUGAUCGUCGGCACAGAGAGGCAGACAUGUUAGAAGCUCAUAUAAUGCAGGCUCAAGCUGCUGCUAUGGCAGCUGAUGAGAGAGAGCUGCAGCGAAUUUCUGAAGGAUAUGAAAAUUAUCAAGCACUGGGCUUGCCACCAGCAAAGUCAAGCCUUAGGAACUGUCUAGAUACUCAGCUGCUUCGACGUCACAACCUUAUUGUACCGGAGGACUUCUCAUCAGAGGAGGUGACUCCAUCCAAGGCCCCUAAAGCUGAUGAAAUCCCAAGCUACGCCAGACCCACCACGUCAUCUCAACAGCGACAUAGGAAAACCCCUCCAAUAACAGACUACCUGGAUGAUACUGCCCUUUCGACAUCUACGUGGCCGUGGGCAUCACUUCCACCCACCCAGGCAAAAGACAAGAGAGAUUUGGACAUGUCCCCACUGCCAAGUGCCAAAAGCAGGCUCUCAAAAUCUUCAGUGUGGAGAGAAUCGAUGAAGCCUGAUCAGCGGCAAGUGGAGCGAGAAGAUCUGAAAAAGUUACAGAGUAAAGCAGAGUAUAAAAGGAACCCACGAUUUGUGCCUCCCCUCAAGGGCGGUCUCAUUAAACCAUCCAAGGAGAAAAAGAAAAAGAAAUUGGAGACUGACAAAGAGAACAAAACUGCUGAUCCUGUUGAAGUCUUCAUUGCUUCUCCAUCUCCGGUUGUGUUUACAGCCUAUGAAGUUGGACACGUUUAUGAGUUACUUCUGGAACUGAAGAAUGUUUCAUCAUCAAGUCGUCAAUUGAGGAUAACUCCGCCAAGUACAAAAUACUUUUCUGUUGGGUUAGGGAGGUUCCCUGGAGAGCAUGGUGUGGUAGCACCUGGUCUAAGUUGUCAGUAUCCCGUCAAAUUUGCUCCUGAUUCUCUGGCAGACUAUGAUGAUGUCAUCAAGAUAAAGACACAGGUGGACCCUCCAUUGAUUAUCGCCUUUCAAGGAAGAAGGCCCCCUCCUUUACUCUCUUUAUCUCCAAUACUUGACUGUGGACAUACUCUGGUGGGAGGCCGGAAGGUCGUUCAACUUGUUUGUGAAAACAAAGGAGGGGACGGCAAGUUUUGCAUCAUGAGGAAAUCUCAUUGGCCCACAACUACUUUUCAGUGGAAUCUUGAAGAUCCAGGUUCAAUUUAUGCUGAACCGUUUGAAUUAAAACCAGCCAUGUUCAAGCUAAAUGCUGGAGAAGUGACUACACUGGAGAUCACGUUUUGCCCUACAUCAGCUAAGUACUUCAAGGAAGAAGUGGUGUUUGUUUGCGACAACUGUCAUGUAAAGGAAUUUUCACUUGAAGGCACGGGUCAAAUGGCCGGAGUAGAGCUUGAUUCUGUAUCUGGCGGACUCAAUGAAUCAGAGCUUGGAGAAAUGAGAGAUAUAUCUGCGCAACAUUUUAUCAGAUUCGAUGAGCAAAACCCUGGAACGAUUACAGACAAGACUCUGGUCAUCAAAAAUACGACGAAUGUUGCCCUACCGUUCCGCUGGAAACUUUACAAGCCAUUCUUUAAGUGCCCUGUUCCUCCUGGUGUGCCUGUGCAGCCUUCAGUGACGUCAUCACAGGUGAAGCGGACUCGGGACGAUCACGGCGUGUUCAAGAUCACGCCAAAUAUGGGCACAUUGCCACCUAAUGAAUCUGUGGACUUCAUGCUGGAAUUCGCGCCAAGAGAGGUACUGAAAAUCAUUAUUUUNAACAACAGUGUCUCUGAAGCCAGUGUUGCGUGGAGAAACGUGGAAGGGACUUCAUGGAGAAUAUCAGUGGAACCACCGUCAUCUCUCAUAGGUGCGGGCCAGGAAAUUGAUUUGGAAUUAGUUAUAGAGGCAGAUGAACCAGCCCACCUAGAGGAGACGAUCUUAUGUGACUUGAACCACUCCUCGGCUCCGGUGUAUGUUUAUGUCAAGGCUAGCUUUGAAGGACCAAAGGUGGUGUUCACAUGCCCGGACCUGAAUUUCAAUCUUGUUCGCUACAGAGAACUGCAUGGCUAUCAGCACAUCAGUAUCCAAAACGUAUCUAGUAUUUCGGCAGAGUGGAGCAUCCAGGAAUCUCCGGAGUGUCUUGAGCAGUCUGAAGGCAAAACGGCCAUGUCUGUGUUCUCGUUCACACCCGCUGGAGGAGUCCUGGGCCCGCAAGAGAGCCAGGAAAUCGCAGUGUUAUUUAAACCAACCGAGAUAGGCUUGGUGGGCAGAGUGAGGACUGUGUUACAGUGUGACGUCAAGAAUGGAAACCCCAGCUAUUUAUCCGUGUUUGCCGAGGUGCAAAGACCUCAAGUUUGCCUGCUAUCCUGCGACAUGUACAUCGAGAAGGUCUAUUUAGGAGUUCCGGUCAGCAGAGAAGUCGUGCUUCAUAAUCAGUCGCUAUUGAAAACCCAGUUUGCGUGGAAAGAGAUCCUGGAAGGAGACUACACUUUAACGUUCGAACCUAAACAGGGAUGGCUGGAGCCCAGAGAAGAGCGAUCCAUCAAACUUACAUUCACUGGUCAUAAACAGGGCCCUGUUAGCGAUCUAAUCACGUGUUGUGAGGUGGUUAGAAUGCCGGACCCCGUAUGGCUAUCAAUUGCAGCUGACGUGCAGGGCCUGAGUGUCACGUUCGAGACUCCAAAGAUCUUUGAUCUUGACAGACCUGAAGAGAUCAAAGAAACCUCCCUUGACAACCGCGAGUUGCUGCUAGAUUUUGAAACGGUACCGCUGGCCAGUUGUCCCCGCACGACUCUUGUUCUCACCAACACGUCCGCUAUCAGAGCUCGUUUUAGUUUAGAGAUGGACCACUUCAGAGCGGCUAAACCGCCAACUCCGCCAGAUGGUGCUCCUCAAGGCAAAAGGGCAAGACUUUUGGGAAGAACUCCGAAUAUUGCUGACCCAAUCAGCAAGACGGCUAUUAAAGCUCAUGCAGAUUACUGUCACGCCAUCUUGCGUGACAGACGGGGAGCAGCCUUUGUGCCAAGUCCAGCCUCGGGAGAGCUAUUACCAUUUGGUUAUCAAAUGAUUGAAAUCACUGGCCACAGUGACAUGUGGGGCGCCUACAGAGAUUUACUGGUCUGUAAGAUUGAAGGUAUCGACCCUGUGUACAUUCCUGUCAAGAUGGAUGUUGUAGGAUGUCCGCUGAACUUCCAGAUGAUGAAAGACCAGGCACCAAUUCUUCGUCGNUUCUAUUCAUCUGUUGUAACAUUGUUACCUAAUAUUUACCAGCUCCACGGGGCAACGCCGCUGGUUCAUCGGUUCGUGUUGGGAAACACCACUGAAACACCGCUGACCAUGAGGUUUGAUGCGAAGGCGCCGUUCAAGAUUAUGUCCACCGAGCCUCCUCCAUCGGCUAAAACAUCUAGAACCCAGGCUCCUGGCAGUAUAACGGUCAAGCCUACUAAAACAUUAGAGUUAAAGGUUGGGUUCUUCUUGUCUGAUCAGCUCGUUCGUAAAGUGAACGACUUUUCUGCCGCGCAAGAACAAGUGGACGAUGGCACACAGCUCUUCACUUCAGAUGAUGGCGACAGACAACUUGUCUUCAAACAAGACCUGAAAGUUGAAUUUUCUAACAAUACCACACAGUUGAUUCCCCUGAUGGCCUCAAUAGCUGUACCCACCCUCCGGUUGUCUCAAGAUGUCCUAGACUUUGGCACGUGCCUUGUUGGUCAGUCAAUUGAAAUGCACGUGACCCUGUAUAAUCCCUCCCAGUCUGCCUCCGCUUGGAUCGCCAAAAAAGACCCACGUUACCCUGCCGUCAGUCGGGAUGUUUUUGUCGUGAAUCCCACUGAGGGAUAUCUCGAGGCGAACACGAGUUUCACAGCCAAGACUAAAACUCUGCUUAAAAUCACUUUCACAGCCAAGCACAAUGUCGAGUACGAGUGUGUUGUGAUAAUCAGCGGUCAACUGCAGGAACAGGAGCAGAGACUGUUACUCAGGGGGCGAGCAUCUUAUGAUCAAAGACACGAGCGAUUGGUGAAUGUUACCACAGACACGUGACUAUGAUAUGUGCGAGAUAGUUUGUAACAUAUGUCGUCGACAAGAACGUGGCUGUAUUCAGUCAAAGCAAUGUUUGUAUUUUGCAACCACCAAGGCAGGUUGUGGUGUUCCGUGUUUAUGUUAUUGUAAAGUUUCAUGUGAUGCCUUGAAUCUUAAUUUAUGUUGGCCACCGUACAUCAUUUUUACAUUUAGAAAUAGUCACUGGUUUGUAUAUAAUUGUGUUACAUUUACAAAAAGGCAGUGCAAUAUAAAUAAAAUGCCGUUUCCACUUCUAA